CGCCCCGCGACGCCCCGGGGUCCGGCGGAGCCGAGCGGGCCGCCGAGAGCCGGGGGGCCGACUGCCUUUAACGCGUGGCGGCCGGGACCGACCCGGGCCGGGACCGGGACCGGAACCGGGGCCGGGGCCGGGAUCGCGCUCGGGAUAGCUGUCGCUCCGGGCCGGGACGCGGGACGCGGGGGUCUCCCCGCGGGCCGCGACGUGCUCCCCGCCCCUCCACGCCGCCGCCUCGCCCGCGAAAGGUCUUCUGUUUGUUUUCCCUCGCGGGGAGGAGGAGGAGGAGGCGGCGGAGGAGGAGGAGGAGGAGGAGGAGAGCGCUGGGAACAUGAUCGCCCGGUGGCUGACAUUCGCCGUCCUCUGUGGAUCGCUCUGGGCAGGGCCAGGGCACGGCGAGGUGGAGACCAGGGAGUGCGUCUACUACAACGCCAACUGGGAGCUGGAGAAGACGAACCGCAGCGGGGUGGAGCGCUGCGAGGGGGAGAAGGACAAGCGUCUGCACUGCUACGCAUCUUGGAGGAACCAGUCCGGAACUAUCGAGUUGGUCAAGAAAGGAUGCUGGCUCGACGACUUCAACUGCUACGACAGGCAGGAGUGUGUUGCCACAGAGGAGAACCCGCAGGUCUUCUUCUGCUGCUGCGAGGGCAACUUCUGCAACCUGCAGUUCACCCACCUCCCCGAGGCCUCAGGACCCGACGUCACGUACGAGCCGCCCCCGCCGACACCGUCACUGCUCAGCGUCCUGGUCUACUCGCUGCUGCCCAUCAGCAGCCUCUCGCUGGCCGUCCUCCUGGCCUUCUGGAUGUACCGGCACCGCAAGCCUCCUUACGGACACGUGGACAUCAACGAGGACCCUGGCCCCCCACCCCCUUCACCCCUGGUGGGGCUAAAGCCCCUGCAGCUGCUGGAGAUCAAGGCACGGGGGCGCUUCGGCUGUGUCUGGAAGGCCCAGCUGAUGAACGACUAUGUGGCCGUAAAGGUGUUCCCUCUGCAGGACAAGCAGUCGUGGCAGAGUGAGCGCGAGAUCUUCAGCACGCCAGGCAUGAAGCAUGAGAAUCUCCUGCAGUUCAUUGCGGCUGAGAAGCGCGGCUCCAACUUGGAAGUGGAGCUAUGGCUCAUCACGGCUUUCCAUGACAAGGGCUCCCUGACCGACUACCUGAAGGGAAAUCUGGUGAGCUGGAACGAGCUGUGCCACGUGGCAGAGACGAUGGCCCGGGGGCUCUCCUACCUGCACGAGGACGUGCCCUGGUGUCGGGGGGAGGGACACAAACCUGCCAUCGCCCACAGGGAUUUCAAGAGUAAGAACGUUUUGCUGAAGAAUGAUCUGACCGCUGUCCUGGCCGACUUUGGACUGGCUGUGCGGUUUGAGCCCGGGAAGCCCCCCGGGGACACCCAUGGACAGGUGGGGACACGGAGGUACAUGGCACCCGAGGUGCUGGAGGGGGCCAUCAACUUCCAGCGCGAUGCUUUCCUGCGGAUCGACAUGUACGCUGUUGGCCUCGUGCUGUGGGAACUCGUGUCCCGGUGCACGGCCGCUGACGGCCCGGUGGGUGAGUACCUGCUGCCCUUUGAGGAGGAGAUUGGACAGCACCCGACCCUGGAAGACCUGCAGGAGGUGGUCGUGCACAAGAAGAUGCGUCCAUCCUUCAAGGGACACUGGCUCAAACAUCCGGGCCUGGCCCAGCUGUGCGUGACGAUAGAGGAGUGCUGGGAUCACGAUGCCGAGGCCCGCCUCUCGGCCGGUUGUGUGGAGGAGCGCAUUGCCCAGAUCCGCAGAUCCGUCCACGGCCCCACCUCGGACUGCCUGGUCUCCAUAGUCACGUCCGUCACCAAUGUGGACUUGCCGGCCAAAGAGUCCAGCAUCUGAGCCCGGGCCCGGGGCCCAAAGGCGAGACCGGAUGAUCCGACCCCAAGCCCGACAAACCCGUGAAUGCAGCUGCUAUUUCACCUCGACUUUUUGGUCACCGUCAUCGGGGAUGAUGGUGAUGAUGACAAUGAUGGUGAUGAUGAUGGUGGGUUUUAUUUUGGGGUUGGAUUGGUUUUUACCAGCACAUUUCUCUACUGUACUGGACACAACGGACAUCUCCUUGAGCUCCCGGGUGCUGUCCGUGACGGCGGAAAUGGCGGGGGCUUGGUACCUCAGAACCUCGACAGCCCCACGUUUCCCUGGCUGCCCAGUGGGCGGCUGCUGCCCUCCACACAGAAUCCCCGGGAACAAGGAAAACACCUCCCCUGGUGGAACGCGGGCUGCCGCAAACUCCCAAGGGGUCAUUCGAGACUGUUUUAUAGGGUCACACCUGCCCCAGGAACAACACCUCCCUCACCAGCUCUCCCGUGGGCCUUUCCCCUGGGCUCUCCAUCCAUUCCCCUCCCAAUUUUCCUUACAGCCUCCCUCAUCCGGCUCUCCCUGGACGUCUUCCUCCCCGGGCUCUUCUUCUCCAGCUUUGCCUCCUGACUGGUCCCCAUCGCUCUCCUCGCCCCUCCCCUCCACCAGCUUCUUCAGCUCUCCUUUCCCCUCCCUCCCACCAGCCUCCCAUCCCGACUGGGCUCUGCGGCUCCUCUCCCAUCCUAUCCUCUUCCAAGACCGGACCUUUGGAAGCGGUGGGCUUCUCUCGCAGAUCCAGAAUGUGUUCUGGAUCACAGACCACAGGGAUGGGGGUACUGAAGAAGCUGGGCCCAGCCAGGGCAAUCAGUGCUGGGUGGGGAGGGGCCCGAGUAACUAGGACGGGGGCAUUUGGACUUGGCAGCAUUUGGACAAAUAUCGCUGUUCUGACACUAACUUCUCAGGUAACCAGUGCCCGGGGUGGUGGCGGUUCAGGGGUCGAGGGUACAGCUUUGGGGCAGAGCAGAGGCAGCCCUAGGGAAGCCUGGCACCCCUCGGCCCCCCGUGGAUCAGACUGGGGGUGGGGGGCUGAGGGAGCGGGGAAGAUGGACAAUUAAAACCACAGUCCCAUUGCCCACCUGAGGAGGGGUGAAGCGAGGGCGGGACAACCAGGAAUGUUGGCUUGUGGCGGGAAUGGUUCUAGACUGCCCGGCCGUCCUGAACGGGAAUGAGAGGAAGUAUGCGGAACCCUCCCCUGGGCGGAGUGGGGGGCGGCCCUAGGUCCUGGGGUUCCCGGUCUAGCUCGACGCUGUGUGAGGUGACCCCGACCGUAGCACUCCCAGCCCCGUUUCUCCCUACCCCCGGAUAAAGCUGGAUCUUACUGUGGUGCAUCCUGGGAGAGCUGCCCCUCUCUGCACCCUCUGCUCACCCUGGGCAGGGAAUGUUUUUGAUGCUGCUGAUUCAACAUCUAGAUAUUUUUUUAAUUUGUGACACAUGCAAUGUUUUUAGAAAAAGAAAACACAGCUCCGUGGCUUCCGAGGUUUAAGCUGAAAAGAAAAAAAAAAUUUAAACUUCACGACCACAGAUCACCUCAAAACCAGAAAUACCUCAGACUUUUCUACUUGUAUGAGUUUUAUUAUCUAUUUUGUUAGUUGUGUUGUCUCGUAGUGAGUAUAUUUUAACGUCAGUUGGAUUUUAUGACCAGGGGGUUUUAAAAAAAGAAAAAAUGGAAAAAAAGCUGUGGACUGUUAGGAAGUGCUGUCGUUGGCAUGUCGGUUGGGUGGCGUGACGCAGUGGCACCAGGACACUUGUAUCCAGGUGCAGGGGCCGUGUUUAUUGGGUGACAAGACUCAUGCCAUGUCAUGUCAUGUCGUGUCACGAUAUGACUCGCCCCUGGCCCCAAGACCGCUCUGGCUCCCGCUGGGUGUGGAGAUGAGGGUGGGGGAGGCGGUGUCUGGAUCAGUGUCCCGGUGGCCAGGCGGCGCUCUCUGCUGGGACUCCCAUCCAAACAUGCACACUUGUUCUCUCCCUGGUGAGCGGCAGCCAGCCCAAAACGAGGGGUGGGACCUGGGUGUGCAGAAGUGGAGGUGCGGAUGGAUGCAGGGGCGGCACUUCUCAACAGCCCCACGGCAUGGGCAACGGGGUAGGCAUGGGGACUGCAACUCUCCCUCCAUUUCAGGAGCUGCCUCAGCCAUCCCCAGCUGGGCCAGAUCCCCGUCACUGCCUCUGUGUCCCUUCUUUCCCAAAACCCAGCCAGAACCGCUGGGCCCCACUGGCUGAAGCCAUCCGGUGGCCAUGGCGGCCCCUGGGAGCCCACCAACGGAGCUAGGGGCCCCUCGCUUGUCUCCCCCAAAGUGCCAGCUGACUGAUGUGGUGAGGAGCUGCUCCGUCUCUGCCCUUGUGGCACUGGUGGGCAAGAGCACUGUGGCUCUCUGUAAGCGGUUUCUUUGGGAAGCUUCAAUGUUGGUUCAAAGUGCCAAAGGGGCACAACCCCAACUUGGCCAGACCACAUCAGGCCACGCCUCCUCUCCAGCAGUAUUCCCUCUGGCAACAAAUGAGCAGGCAGGAUACACCCUGUCCUCUGCCUCCAAGCUGGGCCCAGGGAACCCAGUGGUGCGCAAAUAAGAGAAUGGACAUCUGUCCUUGUGCGUCUGAGGCAGGAAGGACCGGGGUCCUGUUGGACGUGACCCAGAGCUGACGGGAGGUCAGAGGGCUGGGGUCAAGACUGCCUUGUCUGAGCAGUGGGUGCUUUGGCCAGCGGAGCUCUCCGGUCUGAGGUAGCUUGAGGGCAACGGGCCCGCUUUAGACAUCGGAGGAAAUUGAAAUCUAAUUAACCAUGAAAUUGAGCAUUCAGAGGCCCGCGACUGCCCUGAUUGACCAGCGACCGGGACCGUUGUGGUUUUAGUUUUUGCUCUCAGGUCACUGACCGAGAGACUCAAGUGAACUAUCAAUAAAUGGAAAGACCGCUCACCCAGGGUGGGAGCAGGGACCAGGUUUCCCUCCUCAGGUCUGUCAUCAAGGGCCAGUUGUUUCCUUUGCUGCCUCCCAACUCCCACUCCCCAACACCCAGUCAUCUGGGCAUCAUGCUUGUGAUGGUUUUAAAGUUUCCCUGGAAGGUCUGGAUUGGCUGGUUAUUGGGUGAUGAAAUUGGAAAUGUAGGUUUGGCCCUGAAUCACCCAAAGCGAGCAGACAAUGUAGGGGCAUGAGGAGAGAGAGAGUGUGUGUGUGUGUAUAUGUGGGUGUCUGCUGUCUUGUAGGGGGUGGGGGAGAUGCAUGUGAGUCCAUGUGCACAGCUCUCCCUGCACUGUGUGUUGUGUGAGUAAGGGGCGCGGGAUGUGAUGCUGACAGUGGUGGAGGUGGAGUGGCUACACCGUGACUGCUGCUCCAACAUAAGGGCCAAGUGGUCCGACUGGCAGGUAGCCCAAACUCUGAAUGGUUCGGGGGUUGAGAAUGUUGUCCAAUCCCACUCUUUGCCAGGCAGGAGGCGCUAUAGUGGUGCAAGGACCCCUCACGCUGUCCUGUACAGGGUGUGGUGUGUGUGUGUGUGUGUGUGUGUGGGGGGGGACACGUUUGUGCGGAUGUGUAUAUAGUUCAUUAUGUAAACUAGCCAGAAUGGAUCACCGUGUGAAGAUUGUUUUAUACCACAGAUUAUUUUUGUAAACCUGGUGCAAAUCCCCAGAGAAGGUUGUUGUUUUUUGUGUCAGGCCACACGCAGGACACCUGGGGGUACAGUAGUGCAUGGCACAGAGCCAACCCAGAGCUACACCACAUCCCUCAGGCUGCAGGGUGGCAGUGCCCAUGGCAGGACAGAGCUGCCCAGACCUUUCUCGGAAUAGAUGCUUUCCCGUGGGCUGCGAUGGCUGGUUGAGCUUGGCAUGCAGGGCCGUGGGGCAAGUCAAACGUGGGAAGACAGAGAGUUUCCAGUUUAGAGUCAAGAAAGCAGCCGUAUCAGCUGGGCUACACCACCAGGGAGGAGAAUGAGCCAGGGAUUGCUGGCCGACCCCCAGGAACCCCAAUCUCAUGGCCUCUUCCUGGGUCAGGGCCCAGAGAGCCUAGUGAGAGGCAGACAGGCGAAGCGCCGUGGCUUUUCUUGUUUCACCCACUUUGGGGGCCGGAAUGAAAGGGCUUUGUUAGUGAACCAAGCCUGGAGGAUCAGGGGGCCGGGGGAAUCCCACAUUAAAACCUACACUCGCAAGGAUAUCUCAGUCUGGCUUGAGGCCCCCAAGUGUCCUGCCACUCUGGCCAGGAUUGAGGGCAUGGUGACAUCUGGGAUGGGGAGAGGGAGGGGCCAGACUGUUGGACAAUGAAGUAGCAGGCCAGUCCAUGCCCGCCCUCCCACCAUCCUCCCCACCCCAUUCCCACGGUCCCCACUCCUGGAUUCAAAUUUGGCCGUGCCUUUGAGAUUUUUCUUUCUGUGCAAAAGCAAUGGCAGCGAGUCUUUUCUGUCGGUCUUUUCUGACUCCAAUCCAGGCAAAAUUCAAUCUCUCUUCCCUCCCCCUUUCUCUGUCUCUGUCUCCCCUUUUGGCGCCCUGCUCUUAAUUACCAGAUGCAGUUGAUGAGCCAGGUAUUUUACGAACCAAUUACCUCAAACCUCCCUCUCGUGUGACAGUGUUAGCCCCGGCUCUUCGCAGACCCCCUUUUGUAGAGCCCACCCCUAUACAGGAGACUUGCCCCAUGUUCAACUCAUUGCUGUUUCAAAGUGAACAGUGACCCCAUGCCCUUCAGGGCUCCCGGGAGAUGAGGAAGGCCAGGUCUGUGAAGGGCUUCCUGAGCUCUUGGCAGUUUCCUGGUCUCAGAAUUUUGGAGGAGGACAGAGAUGGGGGUGAGCAGGCCCACAGGUCACUUGGGUGGAGGUGGGGGGGGCAUCACUGUGACAAGUGUCUGGGGGUGACGUCGAAGCUGUAAACAUUCCUCUUCGGCAUUGCAAGAAACUCUCAGGCUCCAGAAAACCAUCUUGCCCCAUGUCUGCCGGUCACUCCCGACGUUCCCAUGCCCAGGCCCCAAACGGCCACUCGUAUCUCCAACCUGGCCCCAGUUUGAGAGUGAUGGGAUGGGAAGGCCGCAAUUCUGGUCCUUGAGAAAACCUCUUGAACCAGAAAUGCAUUGGUGGCCAAAGACCAGCCUCCCUACCUGUCCCGAAUAACCCCAGGGAUGGGGGCAGGUCACAGAAUCCAGGUGACUGAGAGAUCGGAAGUAGGGGGACAGCACCUGGGUGACGGAGCAGCAGCAGUGAACAGAUGGGUGGUGGAUGGCAGGAUGAUAAUCCAUCUUCAUCUAUUUAGUAGAUCUCGGUGUCCUGGCGUGGAGACAAAGUGGGGAAUUCCCGGUGGGUUUUCUUAGGUAAAUCUUUUUGGAAGUAUUAAUCCCCCCCAGGAGGGAGGGGAAUGUUUGUAAAGCCAGUGGCUUUGGUUUUUAUUUUAUGGAACUUGGUAGAGAUGUGAAGCAAAACAUUUGGUACUGCAGAACCAAGCGAGGGCCUCAGCAACUGCAGACUCGGUCGCGUCCUGUGGUCCGUCAUUCUGUCCCUUAAAUCCACCCGACGCCAUCCCAGAACACUGUUUAGCAUCUGAUCUUUGACCUGAUGCCUGGUUUCAGUUGACUUUCAUAGGCACGGUGGUUCCAAGCCCCUCCUUGAGUCAGUGAGCUCCCGAGGAGAGAGCCACCAGGGAAACCCAUUUAUUUCACCAGUUCCUUUCUAGACUGUUCUGUAUUUAAGAGAAAGAAGUGUUCUACGAGUUCCAAGACGUGUCUAGCAUAGUGAGGUGUGUGUCCGUCGAUUCUAGGAAGCAUAACUGAAUCUCAUUAUGCUGUUUUACUCCACUUGUGUGUGAAGAGUCCAGUCUGCUGUACCCCAACUUUGCAGGGACCUGUUUUUCUCAGGAUUCCCAGUUUGAAUGGGCCAGAACCUCCGAGGAUGAGAUCAAUUGUCAGCUGCAGAACUGAGCUCGCCCCGGACGCCUGCCCCAUUAGGGGCAGAAACGGCUCCUUGGUCCCCAUUUGGUCAGGGACUGUUUGUCUGCCAGGAUGUGUGAAAUGUAAAUGUGGUCGGGUAUAUUUCACUCUUGUAGCUAUAAAAUGCAAAAUUUUGUAGAGCAGAGAUAGCUUGUACUACUGAGUUAACAGAAGUUAUACUAAAGUUCCCUGUUACAGAAGAAAAAAGUCUACAGAGAAAGUUAAUCUUGUUGCUGUUACCCCUUUUGGAUUGAAAAGUGUGCUGUGUAUAUAUAAAACACACACACACACACACAAACACACACACCCCUCUCUCUCUCUCUCUCUCUCUCUCUCUCUGAAAUGGCCGAGAGCAGAGUCCAAGCACUGUUGUCCUGCAGAGAUGGCGAUGCUUGGGGAAGGACGUGGAUGCAGCGGGUGAGGCGGACACUGUGUCCAAGCUCAUUGGGAGUGAUGUGUGGCUUUUCCUGUGGCCAUUGGAGAAAUGAGAUCUAGGGGGGCUGAAUUGGCCAGUGGAGAUUUGCCAGUUCCCUCACAGUCUCUCCCAGAGCUACUCGGGAUGAAUGUGUUUUUUGCCCAAGGGGCCGCCCGGCUGGCCCCCGGCUCUGUAGGAAUAAUCUAGAAAGUACGAUUUUGACUAUCUUUUUAUAUAUGAAAAUAAAACCAUAAACCGUG